CUUACUUUGUACUGUCUAUAUGUUUGAUUUGUACAACACUCAUAGCCAGAGGAGCUGCGACAUCCGUUUCCCCUACGAGAAACUCUGAUUCUUGCAGGAUGGAUUUGCAAGUGUCAAGUCCAAUCUAUCCCUAUGACAUUGAUUAUGGCAUGUCAGAACCCUGCCAAAAAACCAACGUAAAACAAAUUGCAGCCCAGCUCCUGCCCCCACUCUACUCCCUGGUGUUCAUCUUUGGUUUUGUGGGUAAUGUGUUGGUCUUCCUCAUCCUGAUAAACUUAAAAAAGCUGAAGAGCAUGACUGACAUCUACCUGUUCAACCUGGCCAUCUCUGACCUGCUCUUCCUGCUCACUCUCCCACUCUGGGCUCACUAUGCUGCAAACGAGUGGGUCUUCGGGGAUGUAAUGUGUAAAUUAUUCACAGGGCUCUAUCACAUUGGCUAUUUUGGUGGAAUCUUCUUCAUUAUCCUCCUGACCAUUGAUAGAUACUUGGCUAUUGUCCAUGCUGUGUUUGCUCUAAAAGCCAGGACAGUCACCUUUGGGGUGAUGACAAGUGGAGUCACUUGGGCGGUGGCUGCGUUUGCCUCUGUCCCAGAAAUAAUCUUUACCAGGUCUCAAAAAGAAGGUUUUCAUCAUACAUGUAGUCCUCAUUUUCCACACACCCAAUAUCGUUUCUGGAAGAGUUUCCAAACGUUAAAGAUGGUCAUCUUGAGCCUGGUCCUGCCCCUGCUUGUCAUGGUCAUCUGCUACUCGGGAAUCCUCCACACCCUAUUUCACUGUAGGAACGAAAAGAAGAGGCACAGGGCUGUAAGGCUCAUCUUUGCCAUCAUGAUUGUCUACUUCCUCUUCUGGACUCCAUACAACAUUGUCCUUCUCCUGAUCACCUUCCAGGAAUUCUUUGGACUGAAUAAUUGCAGUAGUUCUAAUAGAUUAGAUCAGGCCAUGCAGGUAACAGAGACUCUGGGAAUGACGCACUGCUGCAUCAACCCUGUCAUCUAUGCCUUUGUUGGGGAGAAGUUCCGGAAUUAUCUCUCAGUGUUCUUCAGAAAACACAUUGUCAAACGCUUUUGUAAGCACUGUCCAAUCUUGCAGCAAGACAAUCUUGAUCGUAUAAACUCGGUCUAUACCCGGUCCACAGGGGAGCAGGAUGUUUCUACUGGUUUAUGACCUAGAUUGAGUUUUGUGUAUUAGUUCUCUAUGUAGCUUGGGAGUAGAAAUGGUUUUUCUUUGUUUUUUAAAAGCAAAAACCAAACCGGAUGUUAUUAUCAUAGAGGGCCUAAGAUACGUUCGUGUUUUGGAUAUUUAUUUUAGAUAGAUUGGGUCUUUUAAAGCCGAUUGGUUUUAGAAAGCCCAAUGAAAAUAUAUUGAUGAGAUAGUGAUUCCCUGGUCUCACUCCCACUUACCUCUAGUUACUGGCAAACUCUUCUUUAGUCACAAAAAUUCACUACAAAGAAAUCCUAAGAAUUGGAAGUUUUUUGAGCUUGGCUAUCUGAACAGAAAUAACAUCAUCAAUCAAGAAGAAUACCUUGUACAGUUGGGGUUUUGUUGUUUUGGGUUUUUCUUUUUUUUUCCUAUCUAAGGAAAAUUCAGGCAAUAAAUCUACUUAAAAUAGGUCUUCAUCUUGCCCAGAGAAGAAAAGAAGAGCAUGUGAUUAUUUAAGGAAUAGGUAACUAAGCUACAUAAAUUAGCUACCUAGACUUGUACAGUCAGGUGAAUGCUCUAUAGCCUGGAGGGGGCUGGGAACACAUCCUUUUUUAAGAAGAGAUUUGAACUGGAUCAUAUGUUAGUAAAUGAGAGGGAAGCUGUUGUUUGAGUGGUACCAUUGCACAAACAAAACAUAGACCUAUGGCUAAUUGGAAAGGCCAUGGAGAGGAAGGUAAAGGCUGGAUCAUAACACAUCUUGUCAGCAUUGCUCCAUCAAAGUUAAGAGCAGGGUGGGAGCACCUUGACAGGCUUGCAUGAAGCUUAUUUCAUGGCUCUGGUGAGCCAUUAGAAAGUAAAUCAGCAACAUUAAGGUCAGGGUGAGAUCAAACCACCUGGGCUAGACAGUAGGGAAGCACCAUUUCUGCAUAUAGACUGUAGAGUCAGCAGAACUUGGGGUAAAUUGGAGGUAAAGGGGAACAAGAACCUCUAGGCUCAAGCAAGUUGGAAUAACCAUUGAAGAAUCAACAAACACAACAGAAGAGUAUGGUUAAGCGUCCAACCUAGGACAG